UGUGCUGCUCCUCUGGUCGGGAUCAUGCCGAAAGCGAAGCGGGCGAGAGGCUCUGGUGCUGCAGCGAACGUUCCGCUGGCCGAGCAGAUCGCCCAGGGCGACUCGGUGAAGCCCGUGACGCGGGUGAAGCGGCGGGGCAAAGCGGGGCAACAUGGCGGGGGCGAAGAGGACGAGUACGUGGAUGAGAAGCUCUCGCGCAGGAUCCUGGAACAGGCUCGGAUCCAGCAGGAGGAGCUGGAGGCCGAGCACGGCGCGGGCAGAAGAGACGAGCCCAAGGCGAAGAAGACGACCGUGCUGGGACCUGCCUCAAAGGAUGGAGAUUCAGAUACAGAGGAUGAGGAGUGGCCAUCACUGGAGAAAGCUGCUGCCAUGGAGAAAAGAGAGUAUUGUGAGGAGAUGACUGUGAAUGCAGAGGAUGAAAAGGCCAUUGAGAUGUUCAUGAACAAGAAUCCACCACUAAGGCGCACCUUGGCAGAUAUUAUCAUGGAGAAGAUCACAGAGAAACAGACAGAGGUGGAGACCGUGAUGUCAGAAAUAUCUGGUCGACCAAUGCCACAGCUUAAUCCUCGUGUCCUAGAGGUCUACAAGGGUGUCAGAGAAGUGCUGUCAAAAUACAGGAGUGGAAAACUGCCCAAAGCCUUCAAGAUCAUCCCAGCCCUGUCCAACUGGGAGCAGAUCCUUUAUAUCACAGAGCCAGAAACGUGGACUGCAGCUGCCAUGUACCAGGCAACAAGAAUCUUUUCAUCUAACCUCAAAGAGCGGAUGGCUCAGAGAUUCUACAACCUGGUGCUUCUCCCCCGAGUCAGAGAUGACAUUGCUGAAUAUAAGCGCCUCAAUUUCCAUCUUUAUAUGGCCUUGAAGAAGGCCUUGUUUAAGCCUGGAGCUUGGUUCAAAGGGAUCCUCAUCCCCUUGUGCGAGUCGGGAACAUGCACGCUGCGGGAAGCCGUCAUUGUGGGCAGCAUCCUCACCAAGUGCUCCAUCCCUGUCCUUCAUUCUGGGGCUGCUAUGCUCAAGAUUGCUGAGAUGGAGUACAGCGGGGCCAACAGCAUCUUCCUCCGACUGCUCAUUGACAAGAAGUACGCCUUGCCUUUCCGUGUCGUGGACGCCCUGGUCUUUCACUUCCUGGCCUUCCGGACUGACCGGCGCACCCUGCCCGUCCUGUGGCACCAGUGCCUCUUGACCUUUGCCCAGCGCUACAAGGAGGACCUGUCCUCAGAGCAGAAGGAAGCCCUCUUGGAGCUGCUCAAGUUCCACAGCCAUGCUCACAUUUCUCCAGAGAUCCGCCGGGAGCUUGUGAACUCCAAGUGUCGGGAUGCGGAGGGGGUGCAGCCAGCAGCCAUGGACUGAACGAAAGUUGGGAAGGAAGGCUGCCUUAGCCUGGGCCCUUCGGUUGCUGUGAUUUUGCUUCUGGUGGGACUCCUGGAGUCAAAGGCGGCAGCUGCUCUAAUCCUGAGCCUACUGCAGCACAGUGUAAAAUGAAUGGGGUUUGUCCCCACCCCAUGA